AUGAACCCUUCGAAAGUCACAGAGCGGACUAGAGCCCUGACUAGGGUCGUGCAGGACGCAGUCCUGGCCGAUCCAAUUGCACAGGAUGACGCGGAGGGCCAAAUGGCAGUUGUAGGGGGCGCGCGGGAGCAGGCGAGCGCGUUAUAUGGCGUUAAUGAGGGGCCGGGCCCAUCGAUCCGGGCAAAGAGCGCAGUCACCGUUUUUGAUGGCGUCCCGGGGCCCCGCCUGCCGAUGGGCCACGCGGAAAGCCCGUGCCAUGACAUGUCCCGAGCCGCUAAGCUGCACGCCUUACGCCACCCGAGGACUAUAGAGUCGUCACGCGUUGGAAAUUCGGACACGAUAUUGUCUUUACCGCAUAUCUUUAAAGCAAAUUACAAGUUAUUCUUAUUAUUGGGUUUAUUGGGUGAUGGUUUUGGUUUCAUCCAGAGAGACCGCCUUAGUUUUAAUGGGCCACGGGGCUUA